AGGAGGGCGAGGCCGGGGGCCGAGAGGGCGGCAGAGCGUAGCGGCGGCUCGUGGGGUCCGGGCGGCCGAGGCGGGCGGCUGAGGAGCGGCGCCUGAGGAGGGGGAAACAAAGAGCGGCGGCAGAGGCGGCUGAGGAGCGGCGGCGGCGGCGGCGGCGGCGCUGCAGCAGCGGGCGGGACUGGUAUGGUGGUUCCACAGGGCAGACCCCGCUGCACUCACCGGGAGGAGGCGGCGGCAGCGGCGGAGGAAGGCGGCGCAGCUCGAGAGGCAUGCCCAAAGAAAAAUACGAGCCCCCUGACCCUCGGAGGAUGUAUACAAUUAUGUCCUCUGAAGAAGCAGCAAAUGGAAAGAAAUCACAUUGGGCAGAGCUUGAAAUAAGUGGAAAAGUAAGAAGCUUAAGCUCAUCUUUGUGGUCACUAACUCACUUGACAGCUUUGUAUCUGAGUGACAAUUCCCUGUCCUGUAUUCCUUCAGAAAUUGCCAAGCUUCACAAUCUGGUAUAUCUGGACCUGUCCCAUAACCAAAUCCAGAGUUUACCGGCAGAACUCGGAAACGUGGUAUCACUCAGGGAGCUCCAUUUAAAUUACAACCAGUUACGAGUUCUACCUUUUGAGCUGGGAAAACUGUUUCGGUUGCAGACUUUAAGCCUGAAAGGAAAUCCACUUACCCAAGAUAUAUUGAACCUCUGUCUGGAGCCAGAUGGAACAAGAAGGCUACUGAAUUACUUGCUCGAUAAUUUGUCAGGUACUGCAAAAAGAAUUUCAACAGAACAACCACCUCCAAGAUCUUGGAUCAUGUUACAAGAACCAGACCGAACAAGGCCAACGGCCUUGUUUUCUGUCAUGUGCUAUAAUGUUCUUUGUGAUAAAUAUGCGACCCGGCAGUUAUACGGCUACUGUCCAUCGUGGGCACUAAAUUGGGACUACAGGAAAAAGGCCAUUAUUCAAGAAAUCUUGAGCUGCAAUGCUGAUAUUAUAAGUCUUCAGGAGGUCGAAACAGAGCAGUAUUACAGUUUUUUUCUGGUAGAACUGAAAGAACGUGGCUAUAAUGGAUUCUUUAGUCCUAAGUCCAGAGCUAGGACAAUGUCGGAACAAGAAAGAAAGCAUGUUGAUGGCUGUGCAAUAUUCUUCAAGACAGACAAAUUUACUUUGGUUCAGAAACACACUGUUGAAUUUAACCAGUUAGCGAUGGCGAAUUCGGAAGGGUCUGAGGCCAUGCUGAACAGAGUCAUGACGAAAGACAACAUUGGGGUUGCAGUACUGCUGGAGCUUGGGAAGGAAUUGAUUGACAUGUCAUCUGGAAAAUCACAUCUGGGAACAGAAAAACAACUUAUUCUUGUGGCUAAUGCUCAUAUGCAUUGGGACCCUGAAUACUCGGAUGUGAAGUUGGUACAAACUAUGAUGUUCCUUUCGGAAGUGAAGAAUAUUAUUGAUAAAGCCUCUCGGAGCCUCAAACCCAGUGUAUUGGGAGAGUGUGGAUCUAUUCCACUUGUGUUAUGUGCAGAUCUGAAUUCUUUGCCAGACUCUGGUGUUGUAGAGUAUUUGAGCACCGGUGGGGUAGAAACAAACCAUAAAGACUUUAAGGAACUGAGAUACAAUGAAAGUCUUACAAACUUCAGCUGUAAUGGGAAGAAUGGUAUGACCAAUGGAAGGAUCACUCAUGGUUUCAAGUUAAAGAGUGCCUAUGAGAAUGGCCUGAUGCCUUACACGAAUUACACAUUUGAUUUCAAGGGUAUAAUUGACUACAUCUUCUAUUCUAAACCUCAGCUGAAUACUUUAGCCAUCCUGGGACCUUUGGACCACCAUUGGCUAGUUGAAAAUAAUAUCAGCGGCUGCCCACAUCCACUUAUUCCUUCUGACCACUUCUCACUUUUUGCACAAUUGGAGCUCUUACUGCCUCUCCUGCCACAAGUUAAUGGCAUUCACCUUCCUGGCAGGAGGUAGUCAAGUACUUUCAGAGGACCUCAGAUUUCCUUGUAAACUCAUGAAAACAUGAAUAUAGGGGAGUGAGUGUGGCCACUAGGGAUUUUUCCUCAAUGAUCAUUUGAUUUUUCAGUCUGAUUAUUUCAUAAAGGAUAUAGUAUGAAAGCCAGGUGCUAGCAACAGACAAAUUCUGAGCCCAGUAUGCUUUAUAUACUGCUAGACAGGGACUGGUGUGUUUACACCUAUCUUUUAAUUUGUUACCAGUAAUUUUCCUGUUUCUUCUCUCCAAUGUAUAUUGUCAUGCCUUGAAAUAGGAAGAUGUGUGAGCAGUGUACUGUUUGCACAGAAAUCACAGCACUGUUUUCUGAGGCCAGUAGUCAUAUCAGAGACCACUCUUCCAGACUCUACUCCUCUUUUUUUUUUCAGACUUCUUGUAAAUGUAGAAUUUGAAUUUUGCCUUUAUGGUUGUAUAUGAUCCGCAGAAGACCUGAUUUAUGAAAUUUUGUACUAAAUAGAAAAAAACAAACAAAUUUGAAAACAAUU